UCGACGGUACCGGUUGUUGUUCUGUCCCGGCAGUUAUGUAGCCGUGUGAAGAGUGACGCGAACGCGAUACAGAGAGAGACGAUUUUUUUUGAUAUUAUUUACACGUUAAUUUUUAUCCGUGUGCGCGAUUCUUUUUUUUUUUUUUUUAUAACCGACACGUUUUGUUUGUUGUUUUUAUCGGUUUGGUGAAAUCAAUUACACGUUUCACAGUCGCGUUUUCAUUUCAUUUUUUUUUUUCGUGCGCCCAUAGCCGUAAAAUUAAUAAAUAAAACCAGUGCGUUUUGGUUUCAAUAUAGUGUCGUCGUCCAAAAUAAACCCACGGUCGCCUUUGUAGUAGUUUAUAAUAUUAUACCGCUGCGGUCAUUCGUUGCCGGCAGACAGUUUUUGAUUUUGAUUUUUUUUUUUUUCAUUUUCUUUUUAAUACCAUUUAUCGCGCGCGUGUCGUCUGUUCGCCCGACCGUUACCGUGUGCCGCCGGCAUGAAGGAGGUGGUGUCCGUUAACCCGACGACGCCGCCGCCGUCACAGCCGCAGCUGAUAAGGGCAAAACAACCGGGAUACCUGGACUUGACGGCCGAACAGGUGGACAGGCUGAUCAGCAAGGAGCCCAUCGAUAAGGACUACGAGGUGGAAAUCGAACCGUUCGCCAGAGGGAAAUAUGCGACUGUCCGAAGAUGUAGGGAUAGAAAAUCCGGCAAACAGUAUGCGGCCAAGUUCCUCAGGAAACGCCGGCGGAACGCUGACCUGCGACCAGAAAUUCUGCACGAGGUGGCCGUGCUCGAGGCUUGCACAUACAACAGCCGCAUAGUCAACCUAUACAAAGUGUUCGAGACCGGCACCGAAAUGAUUUUGCUGCUGGAAAUGGCACCUGGAGGAGAGUUACAAAUGGUAUUGGAUAGGGACGAAGUGCCUUCCGAGCUGGAGGUAGCUCGACUCAUGCAACAGAUACUCGACGGUCUGAACUACUUGCAUACCAUUAACGUGGCGCAUUUAGAUAUCAAGCCUCAAAACUUAGUACUGACCGCCGACUUCCCGAACUGUGAUGUAAAACUAUGCGACUUCGGCAUAUCCAGGUACCUGAGCGAAGGAGUGGACGUCCGGGAAAUCCUCGGCACGCCCGACUACGUGGCACCGGAAGUGCUCAACUACGAACCGAUCGACGUGCAAACCGACAUGUGGUCUAUCGGCGUAUUGAUGUACGUCCUGUUGACCGGAUGUUCGCCGUUCGGCGGCGACACCAAACAGGAGACGUUCUGCAACAUAUCACAGUGCAAACUCGAUUUUCCUGAAGACCUAUUUCAGGACAUAUCCGAGGAUGCCAUUGAUCUCAUGAAAAAGCUGAUGGUGAAAAACCCCAGGGAUCGCCUCACUGCCAAGGACUGCUUGGGACACACGUGGUUUCAAAGAACGUUGACCGUCAUGUCGAGAAUGCCGUCUUUCAAAGACAGUAGUAGUGCCCAAGGUAAGACGAAACCGGUGACGAACGCGGCGACAACCGUAGACGACGCCGACUUUGCCACGAAACAACAACAACAACAACAACAGUCGCAGCCGCCGCCGCCGCAACAACAGCAGAUGGCGCAAGUGAUGAUGUCCAAGAGCUGCGACAACUCGCCCAGGGCCGCGAUGAGCGUGUCCAGGCAAAAGUCGUUCAAGGACAACAUGGAGUCGCUGGUGAAGCGGAUGGAACUCGAUUUGAACACCGACGGCUGUGCCAAAGACGAAGACUUUUGCAGCAGCAACUGCGGCGGCGGCGGCGUCACGUGCCGGACGUCCAGGAGUCGAGCGCUGAGCCGGGCGAACGGCACGCAAACGAUGCCGGCGGGACUGAGCAAGGACAUUGCGCCGUUCACGUACCGCCGCGUGUACGUUGUGGACGAACCGCCGCCGGAGUAUCGGCCGCGGGCGCCGUCCACGUCGUCGUCGUCGACGCCCAACAGCAGCAGCGCGGACAACUCGUCGAUAAGCGACUGCAGCAGCGACACCGUCAGCGAGUUCUCCAUAGACUCCAGCAGCGACCGGUCGAGCAUCAUAUCGCUGGAGGAUUCGCUGGACGCGUGGUGCCGGCCGUUGAGCCAACAGGCGCACAGGAUGGCCAAGCUGUCGGCGUCGUGUUUUAACGUGUGGGACGCCGCGUCGUCGCAACGCAAGUGGCCAAAAGAGUGUAGCGGCGCGGUGGCGCGCGCCAUGUCGCAGUUCGCCAGCGGCGACUGCAAGUCGGCUUCCCGGCUGAAGGUGUUCGACACCCGCAACGAGAUCAAAGACAAACGGUGCGUCGGCCUGGAGUUGAUGCGCGAACACAACAGCAACGUGGUGGUGAUACGCGAGAUCAAAGCCAACGGCGGCAGCAGGUACGCGCGGUGCAGCGAAGUCAAGUGCGAGUCGGUGCAGUCCAGGAUCCGCCGGCUGCAAGUGCACAACGGCGUCCAGAUGGAGAAGUCCAACAUUUUCUGACCUCAGUUCGUCGCCACCGUCGUACACGGCCAAAAGCCGUCGCUGCAUCUAGUCCAACCGCAACAAUCUUGUGUUUUUACUGUCUCAUACAAAUAUUAUUAUUAUUAUUAUUAUUAUUGUCAUAAUCGUCAUCGUCGUCAUCGUACAUAUUAUUAUUACCUAUUUACUAUUUUGUGUAUUCUGUUGUUGUUGUUGUCGUCAUAUCUUUUUUUGUUCAAAUGUGCUCGAAAUUUUAAAAAGAGAAGAGGAAAAAAUAAUUAUUUAUUAUUUAUUCAACUGCCGUUAUUUCAUCGUGUAUUAUAAUAUAUUUAUAUAAAUAAAACUGUAUUCUUCUUCUGCGUCUUCGUCUUGUCGACGGACAAAACCUGUAAGCGGGGUUUUAUUGGAAAAAAAAAUAAAGUAUGUUUUUAAACGUCAUACGUUUUGUAAAAUAUGAUAAAUAUUGUGAUUUUACUCUUGCGACCCAAAACACUCUUCUAUGGACCUUCUCAUACAUGUGUUUGUGUGUGUUAUUUACUAUUACUAAACUUUAUAUUUAUCAAUUUUUUUUUUUAUUGUUUAAAAACAAUGUAUUCGAACACAUUUGCAACAAUUUAAAAGUGAAAAAAAAUGUUGUGUUUGAACUGAUUAUAAAAACUAUAUUAUAUACGUAGAUUUCCUUUUUUUUUUUUUUUACUCAACUUAUUUUAAUCAACUAUUCCAUCUACGAAUAAUGU